AUGAAUAUCGUUAAGGGUGUUGCUGACCUUAUCAGAAAAACUUCUGCUGGGCAUACUGGCGAAUCUUCAAGUUCCCAAGCUCAAAAGUGUUCUCCUCCUGGGCCCAGGAUUCGCUUUAGCAGUGGUGGGCUUGCAGGUGUCAUCCCUCUUGAGCUUGGGAUUAUCGCAGAAGUGAAUGUUGUUAGAUUUUGUAAGCUGGCACUGAGGCUGCCCAAUCCCUUUGCAUUUGACCCGCAUUGGCUGGUCCCUUCAGACAACCUUUUUAGAACACCAGAGAAACAGCACUACAAGGUUUUCUCAGAGCAAGAUGUUGGGCGAGAUGAUUCCCUCAAAGAUGCGGACAUUUUGCUUGAUGCUGGCGAUGAGGCAAUUGUAAAUACACUCUGGGAGCGAUAUGAGAAAGCUGAGGCUAAGGUGGAGAAAAAGAGGCUUCUUCAGGUUUUCAUCAAGCAAUUUGUAAUUGUCUUCAAGGAUUGGGAACCUGUGAAUUCUGGAAUAUUAUUAGAGCCUGCUUCUGUUGAGAGUUUAUCAUCUGCUGAUGAUGUAGUUGUUGGCUGCUCAGCUGGACAUCCUGUUGAUGUCAUUCGAGUAUUAGCUGAAGAGGUCACACAGUUAAUCUCACUAGUUUCUGAUUUAAUUCAUGUUUCCCCUUGCUUUCAGUGA